GUUUAUAAUACAUUUUAUUUUAUUUAUAUGUAAAUUUCACAUUCAUUAAUGCAAGUUAUGCAAACUCAAACCUGGGACCUGGAUACCAGCAUCACGGAUAUCAAAAAUGUCCUUUCCUCUCGAAGCCCCUUAUCACUGUGUGCAAUAGCAAAUUCACUUUAUAAUAUUUAAACCAAACCUUUGUAUAUAGAUGUGAUGUCAAAAUCUAAAAAUAAUAACGCAAUUAAAACGAUUAAUAUAUGCUCCUCCUUUAACAUUUUCACAUAAUAAUAAUACAAAAUAAUAAUAAAUAAUGGUGCUGACCUGCAAAGUAUUAAAUUAGCAUUUGCAUUGUAAUGUCCUAUGGAAAUGGAAAUAUAUAUGUAUAAUUUAUUAUUAUUAUAUAUAAUUAUAUAUUCUUUUUUUCCUUGCUCCUUCUUGUUGAGGCAUGUGAAAUGUUUUGUUAUAUAGUGAGAUAUGGCACAAAAAAAUCAUUGAAAACCCCUACUUUCAAUGGAGUGGGCCCGUGGGCCUGUCGCGUGGUGGCAGAAGUUGAAAACAUAACUUUCAAGCGCCAACGAAGGCAUCAGUCAAUCAUAUCGCCAUAUGCAAAUACGCUAGCCAAUCGCGUUCAUCCAACACCUCCAAGCGUCGGCGGCGACGUCCGUUGCCUCGCUACGCGCUUCACUGAAAUCUACCGGGAUUUCCCUAUGGGAUUUCCCUUUACUGUCUAUGGGAUUUCCCAAUAGAAUCCAGACCCUCUUCGGAUUUCUCGACACACGCUCUGAACCUAACAUCAUCACUAACGUUACAAUCAUGGGCACGUCUGUCGCGACCAAGGGUUUUGCUCUGCUUUGUGCUUUUCUUCUCUGUUGGACUUCGCCCUCACUUCAGAAAGAUAAACACUCCCUAUACUACAUAUACACGGCCCUGUCCAAGCCUGUCGAACAGCCGGGCAUCUAUCAAUUCACUGCUAUGGGUCUGCUGGAUGACAGACAGAUUGACUAUUACAAUAGCCAGGAAGAGAGAAAGAUUCCCAAACAGCGCUGGAUGAAAGAGAAAAUGCAGGAAGACUACUGGGAAAAAGGCACCCAGUCAAGAAAGAGCAAAGAGCAGUGGUUUAAUGUGAACGUCGACAUUCUGAUAAAACGCAUGAGACACAAUGAAUCAGAUGUUCAUGUUCUUCAGUGGAGACAUGGUUGUGAGAUUGAGAAACAGGAAGAUGAAGUGAGGUUUUCCAGAGGCAUUGAUGAAUACAGCUACGAUGGAGAUAACUUCCUGUCUUUUGAUGAUAAGGAGUCUCAGUGGGUCGCUCCUGUUGAAGCAGCUCUUCAAACCAAGAGGAAAUGGGAUAAUGUGCCUAUCCUAAACCAGUACACCAAGGGCUACCUGGAGAAAGAGUGUGUGGACUGGCUUAACAAAUUCAGAGAAUACGGAGAUGAGGAUCUCAGAAAGAGCUCUCCUCCUAAAGUUUACUUGUUUGCUAAAAAGUCUAUCAAGGACAAACCCAAGCUGAAACUCACCUGUCUGGCCACUGGCUUCUACCCCAAAGAUGUGAUGUUGACCUUAAGGAAAUAUCGCACACCCCUGCCUGAAAAUGACACAGAAUCCACAGGAAUCAGACCAAACCAUGAUGAAACCUUCCAGCUGGAGAAAAGUGUGUUUAUCCAGGAGAAUGAAAAAGCAGAAUAUGAUUGUUUUGUGUUUCACAAAACCCUCUCAGAACCAAUUAUUGUCAGAUGGGAUGGGAAAUGCAUAAACUGCAACAAAGGCUCUACCCCGACUAUUCAGGUUGGAGUUGUGAUUGGAGUUUUGAUUGCAGUUUUGAUUGCAAUACUUCUUGUUGCAGCACUCCUCUACCUUUAUAAGACUAAAAGACUCGUUAUCCCAUGGCGUAACACCAAUGGAGCAGCACAAAGGAAUGAUGUAGCUCAAAAUCUUCUCUCAGGGGAUAAUUACAGCAAUGGACAUGCACAAACAGCAGCCAAUGGACAUGCACAAACAGCAGCCAAUGGACAUGCACAAACAGCAGCCAAUGGACAUGCACAAACAGCAGCCAAUGGGCAUGCACAAACAGCAGCUAAUGGACAUGCACAAACAGCAGCCAAUGGAGGAAACAGUGGAAUGGAAGCCAACGUCUAACUGUAAAAUAGCGAAACAGGAAAGGUAGCGACUGAAGAUGGAGAUGGCCUUUCUGAUUUUUAUUACUUUCAUCACAUCUACCAUGUGCUUUCCUGAAUUAUUGAAGUGAGUAAAAUCUGGACAGAGUCAGUUAUAGGUAACUUAAAUUUAAAAAAAGUAAAAUUCAAGUACUUCAAGCACCUUGUACGAACCCUGGUCUCAGUUUAAGACCAGGAAAACCACUGAAAACAGCCAUAUUUAUGAGCAGGUACUUGAAAAAAACUUGAAUUUAUAAAUGGCAGUAUAUAUGAAAUUAUUGUUAUGUAUUUUCGAUAAAACAAUCUUCAUGUAAAAAUGAACAGUGCAGCGCAUCUGAUAUAAAUACAGGGCCGUCUUUUAUAGCAUGUGCUGUUCAUUUGUGAACGCAUAUAAAGUCUGACACAUUUUAUGUUGCACUGUUAUCAUUUACAAGCAUGGAGCACAUCUCCAUCUCAGCUGUUCAGGACACAAACUUAACAUUUAUCUGGGAAAACACUGCAUGUUAUCUCACUAAAUUUUUCUAUGUAAAUAGUUUAUAAAUCUAUGUCAAAACAGGAGAGUACAUCAACAUAUUCCUAAAUAUGCUAUUUGUCAUACAUAUCGAUCUAAAAAUAAGUUCAAACUCUUGCUAUGAGUAUGUGGCCAAAAAUUAAAGGGAUACUCCACCGAAAAACACUUUUUCCACAUUGCAUCGCGCCACGUAAAUAUAAAACCAUGUCUGCAUUUGUGAUCGGAGAAAUGACGAGCGCUACUUUACACCAUUUGCCUUGUGCAACGUCUUCACAUGGACAAGUGUGACGUCGUAUACCUCUGUAAAUAUAUAUAGAGAAACAUACAAAAUGUGCAGAGCAGGGGGGCGCGAGGAGUGGAAUUGAGAGCCACUGGUCAAAACUCACUUUUGAAUCGUCAGUGGCAAAUCCUUUACAUACGUAAACGUACUUACAGACUGUGAGUCAGAACAGCCAGCAUUGUAGUCUACUCUCCCAGAAUCAGGAAACAAUCCUCCAUAAAAUGCACUGCAAACAUCUGAAUAUUUGGGUUGAACUGUUCUGGAACAGUGUUUUAAAUACAACUUAACCACAAUUAUGUCUCCUCAGUGUCUCUCUGCAUCACAUUUUGGAGAAUAUGAGCUGAAAUCAAGCGUAUGCUCUUCUGUGACAGCCGCGCUGCAUGAAAGCGCUGUUUUUGUUCAAACUAAAAGCAUAAAUACACAGAAAAUAUAUCCUUGUGUCGUGUCUGACACAGAAUGUCAUAUGCCAUUUGCGUUCAGUGGUUGUUCUCCAAAAUGGCGCUAUGCUAAAACAGUGAGACACUGAAGUCUUUUUUGUCUUCUUUGCAUACAAAAAGUAUUCAUGUCGCUUGAUAAAAUGUAUAUUGAACCACUGAUGGCAGAUGGACUAUUCUGAUGAUGUCUUUCAUACUUUUCUGGACCUUGACAGUGUAAUUUACGUAUCAGUCUAUGGGACAGUCAC